UCAUCUGUAUUUUAUAGUUGUUUUUUUUCUGAUUCAAAUUUUUUCCCUCUGGUUUGUUUCCAUCAGGACCUGAAAGAGAAGAAGCUGGUGGAGGAGAAGGAGAACGGCAAAGAUGCUGCCACCAACGGAAAGGAGAACGAGGAGAACGGCGAGCCCGAGGUAGAUGAUGAAGAUGACGAGGAAGUGGAUGAGGAGGACGAGGAAGAUGAUGGAGAAGGUGACGAGGAAGACGAGGAGGACGACGAGGAUGAGAUUGAGGGCGGCACAAAACGGGCGGCUGAAGAUGACGACGACGAAGAGGACGACGUCGAAACCAAGAAGCAGAAAACCGACGAUGACGAUUGAUGCGUUUUCCCCCCUCGCGCCAUCCUGCUGAACCACUUCCUGAUUCUUCCACCUAUGACUGUUUUUUUUUUUUUCUAU